AAUGGGAACCAUGAAAGAACGAACCUAAUCGGACAUGGAACCAGCUUAAAUCCAUUCUUUAAUUACGAAAGCGAGGUUGUAAAGGAAAAAGGCCAAUUAUCGACUGAAAUAUUGUGUUUUGAGGAUUUUUAAUCCCUCACAAUGCUUUUACAAGAGCCUGUACAGGCUGCUGUGUGGGAUGCAUUGAACCAUUAUGACUACCGAGAUGCAACAUUCCUUGCAGAGAGACUCUGUGCUGAAGUUGUUAGUGAUGAGACCUUGUAUUUAUUGGCAACCUGUUAUUUCCGGUCAGGAAAACAGAGACAAACAUAUGCCCUGUUACAGAAAAGAGGUUAUAAUUCACCAGAGCUUAAAUAUCUGUAUGCUAAAUGUUGCAUGCAUGUUGAAAAGUUUUCAGAUGCAGAAUUUGUUUUAGCUGGAAAUAUAUUAACUAGGCAAAAGACUAUGGAAGAUAUAGAGAAAGAAUUUGGCAAUUUAGCUAGUCAUGUGUUUAAUGUACUCGGUGCUAUAUAUACACGAACUGAUCGUAAUCAAAAAGCCAUAGAAUGUUAUAAGAAAAGCUUAAAACUCAACCCAUUGCUGUGGUCUGCAUUUGAAGGAUUGUGCCAAUUAGGUGAGAAAGUAGAUCCAACCAGUGUCUUUCCUGUGCCAACCCAGGCAUGUACUACUAUAUUAAUACAGAACACGAAGGAGGCUCACACUGUACAGAACACGCCCCCUAUUAUAGUCUCUGAAAUUCUGACCCCUGUGGCAGAAGUACCGUCACCUCAACCAGUUCCUAACAAUAUUAAUUUGUGUUCACCUCAAAAUUUACAAAAUAUGAAGUUGCUUAAAACACCGGAGCAUGGUCAUCAAGAUGUUUGUGAUCAUACACCAGAGAAUCGCAGGGGUAACAUACAUGAUCAGCUUAUGGCAAGUAUAAUCCAAGCCCCUAAAAGUACGAAGAAAACAGCAAGAACUCCUAUGACAGAAAACAGACUGAGGGAAUGUCCAUUAGAUCUUCUUACACAGUAUUCACCAAGUUUUGGUAUAUUACCCAUCAACACACCAAGUCCCGAGAGUGUGCCACUUGCACAGAAUCUUUUUGAAAACUUUAUUACACCAUCUCCUGCCGCUCAACAUGAGUCUAAUAAUGAAUCAAAGGCUCCUAGAAAGCCAAUAACAAGAAGGGCAAACCAGAAUCAAACACUGAUGCCAAAACCGCCACCUUUUAACCUUACUGGGAAUACACAAGAAAAUAAUAGCAAUAUAAACACACAGAAUAAUCCACCAAAUGUUAGACGAAGCUCUAGGUUAUUUAGUCAUAGUUCAAGUUCAGUAAAGGAAAAUAAUAAACAGCAAAGUAAAACCCGUUUUACAAGUCCGAAGGCAGUAGUAAGGAAAUCUAAAACAAGACUUAGUAAAUCAAAACAAGAUAUAUCCGAUGUUAGUAAAGGGGAGAUAAUCAUGGACAGUAAACCAGCGGUAGCCCCUGAACCACAACCUCAGAUACAGCUUGUACACAUGCAACAACAGUCCCUAGCUGGAAUAUUAACUUUGCUUCAAGCUGUGGGUAAAGCGUACCAGGCGAUGUCAGAGUAUAGCUGUCGUAAAGCCAUAGAACUGUUUCAAGAUCUGCCCCAACACCAGAUGAACACUGGCUGGGUACUCUCACAGAUUGGAAGAGCUCAUUUUGAAUUACAAGAAUACCAUCAAGCUGAGAAGACAUUUAGAGAAAUUUUACGCAAAGAGCCGUAUCACACAGAAGGCAUGGAAAUUUAUAGUACUACAUUAUGGCAUUUACAAAAAGAAGUAGAGUUAUCUUACCUGGCACAGGAGUUGACAGAGAUGGAUAAAAUUUCAUCCGAGGCAUGCUGUGCGACAGGAAACUGCUUCAGUCUUCAGCGUGAACACGAAACUGCCAUAAAGUUUUUUAAUCGAGCAAUACAGAUUGAUCCUUCCUUUGCAUAUGCUUACACGUUACUUGGUCAUGAGUUUGUAUAUACGGAGGAGCUAGACAAUGCUAUGGCGUGCUUCAGGAGUGCGAUAAGAGUUAGUCCUAGACAUUAUAAUGCAUGGUAUGGUGUAGGGCUUAUUUAUAUGAAACAAGAAAAGUUCCGUCUAGCAGAGAUACAUUUCCGGAAAGCUUUAAUGAUAAAUCCUCAAAGCUCGCCCUUACUUUGUCAUAUUGGAGUGGUAUUGCAUGCCCAGCAAAAGUCAGAUCAAGCAUUGGCUACACUGGACAAAGCUAUGGCCACAGAUCCUAAAAACCCACUCUGUAAAUUCCACAGGGCAACCAUUUUGUUUGCUAAGCAAAAACAUAAGGAGGCCCUUGCUGAAUUAGAAGAGUUGAAAAGAAUUAUUCCCAAAGAAUCUCUCAUUUACUUUCUUCUAGGAAAGGUUCAUAAGAAACUUGGUAACACUGAUUUAUCAUUAAUGAAUUUCUCGUGGGCAAUGGAUUUAGAUCCUAAAGGAUUGAACAAUCAUAUUAAAGAAUCUAUAGAGAAGAGAUUUAAUGUAGAGGAUGAAGACUCUCUAGUUAGACUCUAUGAAUCAGAUAUGCCAGAAGUAGCGGCAUCGGGUAGUAAUUCGUCAUUGAUGGAUGCAGACGACAUGUUACAGGCUGUUGAAAGUGACGAGAGUUUAUGACAAAGGCUGACAGAUUAUACGAUAGAAAACAUGUCUUCAGUUUAGGCCAUAUAAACCAGCUUAGAUCAUAUAAACCAGUUUAGGUUAUAUAAACAGCUGACACUGUGGUAUAUACUGUGUGUGAUACAGAUAAUGAACAAAGUUCUGACUGAAUGGUGAAAAGACGAAGAUAUAAAGACUGUCCUUCUUAAAGGAGAUUAUUGACUGUUGGGUGAUACUUCUGGUGAUAUAUCUUUGUGCUGAUAUUUAUCUAGGGAGAUAUAAUACAUCUCUAUGUCUUAAUGGUUUUAUAUAUGAGUGCUGGAAAUGUUUAUCCCUAUUGUAACAAGUCUCUAUGGUGAAAUCUUUGGUGAUAUGUAUUUAUAGAGAUAUAUAUCUCGACUGUAGUAUGUCACUAUGGUGAUAUAAUCCUCUAGGGUGAUACAUAUAUGUAUUUAUAGAGAUAUAUAUUUAUGGUAGUAAGGCACAGUGGUGAUAUAAUUCUCUAGGGUGAUGAUACAUGUACAUGUAUUUAUUUAUAGAGAUAUAAGUCUAUUGGUGAUAAAAAUCUCUUUGGUGAUGUAUAAUUUGGAAGUUAUAUGUCUCUAUUGUAAUAAAAGUGGUAAUAUAAAUCUCUGUAAAGUCAGUGGUUCUACGCAGGUGUCUGUUUGUGCCUGAAAUAAUGCAUGGAAGGGCACCUGAGCCAUAUCACUUGCUGGUGUGACUUAAAACCCAACCCAAAAACAAACAACAAUUUUAAAUGAUGCUUCUGUUUGAAGAUAUAAGCCUAUAUGGUUAUUAAAGCCUUUAUGGUGAUUUUUAUAGCUUCUAUGAAGAUACAAGUAUUAUAGAGAUUAUUGUGGGUUGUUUUUUUUGCAAUAGGGUUUUAUAAGUUCAAAGUUAUGAUAAACUCCAUCCUAUAGCCUCUUUUUACAAAUUACAUGUCAGUGUUAUAAAGGAAAUGAAAGUCACUGAUGGAGAUAUUUUCCUCACUUUUUACUUUUUAAACUUUUUUUAAAUUUUCAAAUGGGAUUAACUUCAUAAGCAGGAUUUAUUUUUCAAGAAUAAUUGUUUUAUCAAUGGAAUGUUACUCAGACAAAAUAUUUCAUCUUUUUAGUUAAUUUACACUUUGAAUUUAAAAGGGAUAAUAUACUGGAAAUACAUAGUAAAUGUUAUAUAAAUAUGUAAGAUUAAUUUUUUGAUUUGUAUAGUCAUAUGUAUAAGGGAAGUGGACAUCUUUGGCUUAAUAACUUAAGUUAAUUCUUUCAUCUUACUAUUGGGCUAACAUCAUUAACAUCAUGAAUAAUUUUUAGAAAAAUUAUCAAAAUAAUGUAGGGACUAAAUAACCAACAGUAUUAAUAUUUAUAAUUCAGGCAUAAAGACCAAAUAGAUGACUGUGUAAAGGAUAGUACUUAGUUUUGUUAAGGAUAGUUCUUUCAGCCAGUUUGGGUAGCUGAGUAUAAUUCUUGAUAUUUACAAAGCAGUGGAUAACAGGGUCUAUAUAUAAAGUAUCUGUGUGGCAAACAUUGUCCAGGCUUUAGAAUAUUUUCCCAACAUAGUUUUGGGUUUAUUCUUUGCAUUUAAAAGUUUCCUGUUACAUAACCAUAUGACAUUACAGGUAAAAGACAAUUCUCGCUUGUCUUGUUAAACAACUGUUAGAGAUUGCAUUUGAUAAUUGAGCAGCGCCAUGACAAAACCAACAUAGUGCAUUUGCAUCCGCGUAGUCUGAUCAGGAUCCAUGCUGUUGGCUUACGAACCCUAUAACAAGUAGAGAAACUGAUAGGGAACAGCAUGGAUCCUGAUCAGACUGCGCGGAAGCGCAGUCUGGUCUUGAUCCAUGCUGGUCGCAAAUGCACUAUGUUGGUAUUGUCGUGACGCGGCUCAUAUAAUGCUGAUGUGAUUGUACAUCUUGGUCCAGUUACUUAAAAUUGAUAGAAAAAUGAAAUAAAGUUAAAAAAGGAAUAAUAGUCGUACACAGAAAUUCUUCAGGGGAAUAAUCAUUCUAAAAUAGAGACAAAAAUGAAUUAAUGUAUAAAAUUAGAACACUUUCAUUUGAUGUAUACAAAGAAAGAAUGUUUCAAUAUGGUUAUACUUGUAUGAGAUUAAUUUGGGAUGAUUUUUUUACAUAUUUGUAUUUGUAACAGAUUUUACCUCUUAUACAAAAUUGCUUGCAGGGAUAUAUUUUUUUUUUUGUAAAAGCUCGCUAUUAAUUGCCUGUAGCUUCAAUGUAAUUAGUUGGAAAAAUGCUAGAUUCAUUCAUAGAUAUAAUGAUAUCCCAUACAGUAGCUCUCAUCAAUAAAUUAAAAUUUACAUGUAUAUAUCUAUUAUCUUUUGACCUUUUUGCUUAAAUCAAUAUGUACAUUUAUUCACUUAUAUUGGCACUUACUAGUGGCCGUUUGAAUUAUUUAUGAAUUAUUUUGUAUUUGAAUUACCUUCGGGAAUUCUAACAAAUCGUUUUUUUUCAUAGAUUCAACAAUGAUAAUUUUUUUUAGAUGAAAUCUUCCAUAGAAUAUUGUUACUGCAUUGUAUAAGAGAAGUUUAGAGUUCUUUUUUUUUUUGCAUUUAUUUUUUUCAAAAAUCUAUUUAGCAUUCAUUCAUACCUGCACUGGUUAGUCUCUGUUUUCAAUGAUUUGAGCCACAUCAUGACAAAACCAACAUAAUGGGUUUGCGACCAGCAUGGAUCCAGACCAGCCUCCGCAUCCGUGCAGUCUGAUCAGGAUCCAUGCUGUUCGCUUACAAACCCUAUACCAAGUAGAGAAACUGAUAGCGAACAGCAUGGAUCAUGAUCAGACUGCGCAGAUGCGCAGGCUGGUCUGGAUCCAUGCUGGUCGCUAACGCACUAUGUUGGUUUUGUCGUGCGGCUCAUUUAUCUAUCAAAUUGAUCUAUCAAAUUGCAUUUCAACAAGCAUCUAGAAUUCUGCAAAUUAAUUAUACAUACAUUUACCAUGUGGAAAAAGACUGCUUUUGAAAUAUUAUACAAUAAGAAUAAACAUUUUAUGUUUUAAUAACACCUCAGAUAGUUUUUGUAUAAAACUGAAAUAAUUAGUUUUUUAUUAAAUGACAAAUCAGUUUGCAAACUUUUUUUACGAUUUGAACUGUACCAAACUUUGGUUCAUAGCAGUGUUUAGGAGAAAGUGUAUUUAUAAGGGACUUUGGAUUUUAAUGUGAAGGUCCUAUUUAGCUAGCUUAAGGAAUGUCAGUGGUUUUACUCCUGUGACGGUUUCCUGUAUAAAAUAAUUAACAGAUGGGCAAAUUAGCUCUUCAGCCAUAUCAAGCUUUAAAAUAGAAACUAAGUAUAGAAACUAAGUGAAAUACAAUAGAAAGUAUGUGAGUUAUCAUUGAAACAAAGUGAAAUAUACAUAGAAAUGAACUGAAAUAUACAUAGAAACUAAUUAAAAGUCACCAAGAAACUGAAUGAAAUUAACAUGGAAACUUAGUGAAAUACAUUGUUUGCAUUGAAACUAAGUUAGAUACAAUAAGAAACAUAUUAAAAUAUAUAUACACAUAGACAUGGAGGUUGGGAUAGGGGUGGGGGUGUAAAAUGAAGAUGAUAACCAUAUCGCAUAAUGUUUUUAUUUUUUUUAAAGUUAAGUAGGUUAUUCCCACUGGCUAAAUAAUUUGAUUGUAAAAAAAACACCAAAAAACAAAACAGUUAUUCUUAUGAAUAAUACAGUUUUGACAAUAAAUAAACCUUUUGAUGAGAUUUGCUUGAGAAAGGAAGUCAGGUUGUAGGGGGAAUAUUUUUAUCUUGUGUAAUGAUUCAGAAAUUCUAUAUAUCCUUUGUAAUAUUUUUGUUAUUGUGAUGUAUUUAAUUUAUUGACCUUUGUAUAGCAACUUGAUUGAUUGUAUAGAAAAUAUUGAUAAAUGUAGUGAUUGAUUGAAAAAAUGUGUAGAUUAUAAUUAUUCAAUGUUUUUUUCGGACCAAGGAGAAUUGGUCAAGUUACAUUUUGUUAUUGAAUGAAUAAAAGUGCACCCUUUUUUAUAAAUUUAUUUUGUAUGUUCAUGUUCGACAAAUACAAAGUAAAUAAAUAUUUAAAAGAUU